CCAGAGGACGCCGCGCGCGCUGGUCGCUACACGCACUCCGCACGCCGGUCCGUGCCGCGGGUCUCGCUCGGGACGCACGUGAGGAUUACCUUCAUCGCCCUGCCGGCCCUCCGCCAGGGACUCCAUGGGCUGCCUACCUCCCGGGCGGCGCGACGCUGCUACUGCUGCUGCUGCACCUCUGUGGAUUUAACGUGUUCUACCCCUCUCACCCUGUGCCGUGUGAGAGUGAGGAGGAGAGAAAGAUAAAAGGAAAUUAUAAGAGAGCCAUGUGCCCAAUGGCGGUAGUUUUGUGAGAGUGGAGAGGAGUCGAGCCGAGGGGCUCUAGUGUGACACCCCCGCGUGGCAGUCUCUCGCUGCGCCGCACUCAGGACCACAGCCUCCACCAUCAUGGUGACCAUCACCAUGGAAGCGGACGAAGAGCACCGCCGCCCGCUCACGGGCGGCUCUAGGACCCCGCAAGGCGACAAGAACAAUGGAGUUACUGGAGGUCAACGCAGCUCGCCGUCCACGCCCGAGCCGGGCCUGGUGACGGGCCGCGGGUCGGGUCGCGGCUCCGCCAUCGUGGGCAUGCCGACGGCCGUGAGCCCGGCGCCCGGGCCCGAGGUGCUGCUCAUGCGGCCCGAGUCCGCCAAGGCGUCGCCGCCCGCGCUGCCGCCGCGGCCGCGGGUGCCCCCCAGGCCCGCCUCCAUGGCGCCCCAGCGCGCACGCCACGAUGGUAGGGGGCAGGGAAAUCUCACCCUGAAAAUUCAGCUUUGA